AUGUUUCACAAGUUUGUCUUGUUCUGUUUGUGCUGCUGGAGUCUGACUGGUGUGUUUGGUGAGUCAUUGUCAGUGAUGGAGGGAGAUUUUGUCACUUUGAAAACUAAUGUUAUUAAAAUACGUGAAGGAGAUGACAUACGGUGGAAAUAUGGAGCUGAAAAGUCUUUCAUUGCUAAAAUAAGGAAAAGUAAGAACAUACUUUUCGGAUAUAAUGAUACCAAUGUGAGAUUCAAAGAGAGACUGAAGCUGGAUGAACAAACUGGAUCUCUGACCAUCACAAACAUCACAACUCUUCAUGCUGGACUCUAUACACUAGAUAUUACUGGAGCGAAAGAGUCAACAAAAACAUUUAGUGUUUAUGUUUAUGUUUGUCUGCCUGUUCCUGUCAUCAGCAGUAACUCUUUAAACUGUUCAUCAUCAUCAUCAUCAUCAUCAUCUUGUUCAUUGUUGUGUUCAGUGUUGAAUGUGAGUGAUGUGAGUCUCUCCUGGUACAAAGGAAACAGUUUAUUGUCCAGCAUCAGUGUGUCUGAUCUCAGCAUCAGUCUCUCUCUACCUCUGGAGGUGGAAUAUCAGGAUAAUAACACCUACAGCUGUGUGAUCAACAAUCCCAUCAGCAACCAGACCACACAUCUGGACAUCAGCAAACUCUGUCACACAUGUGCAGAUGCGGUCUCUCUGAUAGAGUUGAUCUCUGGAGCUGCUGGAUCUCUGUUUAUUUUAGCUGUAAUCAUGAUCUUCAGCAUCUAUAGGAAACACAGAAAAACUGAUGCAGAAGUUGAGACUUGUGAAGUAGAGAUCACUUUUGCCGAGACGACAUUCUACAAAAGAAACACACCGAAAUCG